AUGAAGCUGCUGUUUCUCCCAUCAUUCAGGUCAAGUCACCACAUGGUUACUCUGCUUAUAAAUGUGAUUUGGACUCUCCUGAACCUCGUGGACAGCUUAACGGGUCUAACAUCUCUAACACAUUAUUCAGCAGUGGAUUCCUGUGAAAUUUAUUGUCAGCCUUUACAUUGUAGUGCUUGUGGGGAGACGCUAGUAUUACAUACAGAUAUCAAUAGUGCAAAUAUGAUAUCGCCAGGACCACAGUUUCCGGAAUUGCUACUCCGUCCACCUGUUUCCAUUCUCUCGAGCUCCAUGUCUUCCUCAUAUUGGCAGGCUGAAGACCCAGGAGAUACAAUCUUUACGGAUGCUCAUCUAGAUGCUCUGGUUGAGGUGAAUCGCCGUUACAUAUCAGAAUCUGAUGGAGAUUGUAAUCUAAAGCAUUCUAGUGUAUCUCUUCCCAGAAAUUCAUAUAGAUCGUAUCUCCAAACCGAUUCGAGAGACAAUGCUCUUAGUCAUUGUGAAAUCCAAUCUGGUAUCAAGGUUCCAAAUUUAGUUGAACCAUCAUUAAAACCUUACAACUCACCUACACUACCGUCAAAUAGUUCUUACAGUAAUGCUCAACCAAAUAGAACUGAUGAGUCGGAAGAAAUACAUGGUGAAAACAUAGCGAACAGUGAAUCUCCAACCGAGCAGCACAAUGAUUUCUCUAGGUUUCCUGAUCAUUCUACCUUUUCCACUUUUCAAGGUAGCAGUAGUGAGAUUAUGCCAACCGUGGAUCGUGAGCGUUUGCGUCACGAAUGUGAAGAGUUGGAAGCUGUAGUCGCAGCUUUACAGAAGCAGUUGGAGGCUCAAGCUGAUGAACUCAGUCCUGAAUCAACUGCUGCGAUCCUUAAAUCAGCCUGUACAGAACCUUUAGAUGAUGCUCCUGUUGGUGUAACAUCAUUUACAGAAUGUGUUCCACAGCAGACUCACAAUGAAAUACGAAUGUUUCCUGGUAGUGAUGUAAAGCAUGCCAUAGUAAGCGUCGAAAAGCUUCAAACUCAUGAACCAAUGGCCAUUCAGUCGUCCCCAAGAUUGUCUCAGGUUUUAGAAACUUGUGCUUCCGAAACGGUUGAUAUUAUUCCAUCCUCUCAAACAGAAGAGGAACCAGAAAAUUAUCAUAUCGAUGUAAUGGAUCCACCUAUUAUUUCUCAGCCUACGGUAGCAAGUUCUAAGCCUGGGCAGUCAAACCAAAAUGAAUGGAGAAAUGUAACCAGUCCUCUGAAUAAUUCUAUUUGUGACUUCAUUCCUGGUUCAUUAUCCGCAUCUACACAGAAUAUUCGUGAUCCCAUUUCAUCAACUCAAAAUCCAAUGAGUAAUAUUACCCAGUGCCCAGAAACAAACUGGAGUUCAUGUAACACACUCGUAGAUGAAAACUGGCCCCCAAAGUUUUCUGAUAAAUGUCAGCGAAAUAUUGCUGUUACGGGUUCCAAUUUAUCGCCUUCUGAUACUGCUUUACUGCGUAAAUUUUGUUUACAAUUCAGUGUUUCGGAACACAGUCGUUUCAUUCCUCAAAAGACAACUCAUGUAGUAAUUAAAGAAGAAGCAGGUCGUCCUCGUGUAGUUAAACGAACUCUAAAAUACUUUAUGGGUAUUCUUAAUCGAGCAUGGAUUGUAAAUACUGAUUGGGUUCGUGAAUGCGUGACAUCCAAAAGACUUCUGGAUGAGUCGCCAUAUGAGAUUGAAGGAGAUACAGUUUGUGGCGAUUGUCAUGAGGGUCCUAGACGUGGUAGACUUGGUGUACCAGCCAUUCCUCAAUCUCUUGACAAGUUACCUUUCCGAAAUUCCUCUAGCCGACUGAAUGAAGCUGAAUCCAGUGAUCGCCGUCCAUUUUCUGAACUAUGGCUCUGUGCAUAUCGUAAUUUGGGAGCUCUACAAGUGGCUGAUUUUUGUCAGUUGGCAUUAGAUGGAGGUGCUACACGAGUUUUCGAAAAACCUUCGGAAUUAAUGGAUGCAACCAAUAAAUUGACUGAAUCGCUGGGAAUUACAGGGACAGAUGUUCGGAAACCGCGUGCUGUAAUUCUUACAGACAAAGAUUCUUCUGAAUUCAAUCUUCAAGAGUGUCAGGAGCUCUAUCGAGUAUACGGUGUGCCUGUUAUAAGUAUUGAAUGGAUGCUGAACUGUAUUUCAUUAUAUCGUCGUUUACCAAUUAAUCAAGCUUAUCGUAUAUGUCCAACUCCUCAACCUGUUUCUGUAUCUAUUUCCAAAUCUUAAUUACUGUGUGUGUGUAUGUGUGUACACAUAAAAUAAUUUACCAUCUUUAUAUUAUUAUCAUUUUCUUCUAAUUUUGUUUCUACCUUCCAAUAUAUUUAUCAUAGUCAGUCAUCUUUUGUGUAAUAUUUAAUCUG